CCUUCAAUCCAAAUAAGAAGAGGCUGAAGUACACAGAACAAAGCAAAAGAGCAAUCGAUUAUGGGGGAGAAGAUGAAGCAGGAGCAGAAGAGUAUUCACGACAUCCUCCCUGUUGAGUUGAUUCACAUAAUCUUACUGAGAGUGCCGGCCAAACAUCUGGCUUCCCUCAGGUGCGUUUCGAAGCUCUGGUACUCUCUCAUUUCCGAUCCACACUUUGCGGAACUGCAUUUUCACCACUCUCCCGCUUCCUCCAACGCACUCAUCUUCAUACCAAAAGGCAGUGUGGCAUGCUUAGUUUACUUAGACGCACUAUUUAGUGACGACAAUGAUGCAUCAUCACAAGUAAAAGAGGUGUGUCUCCCUCUCAAAAAGGAACCACCUUCUCAUCUUGCGGUCCUGGGAUCCUGCAGAGGCUUUGUUCCCUUACAUGGACACCCUGAAUUUUUAGUGCUAUGGAACCCACUGACUGGAUCCAGCAGAAGAAUAUCUUACUCUGAUAUUGAUUCUCGUAGUGAGUACAAUGGCUUUAGGCUUCCCUACAGUCCCCAACUGUAUGGAUUUGGUUAUGAUGCAUCCCGGGAUGAUUACUUAGUUGUUGUAGCUUGGAGCCAGUGGGAAAGGCAAGAUCACUUCGAUUGCUUGUCCUUGAGAACCAAUUCCUGGAUUUAUCUUGAUACUGCACUCCCCAAACCCUUGCGUAUUUUUGCUCACCAGCCUUGUGGGUUGUUCUUGAAUGGUGCUAUUCAUUGGCUGGUUUUCCCUGUUAAAGCUUACAGUGUUGCUAUCUUUAUCUUUGAUCUGAAGGAAAGGGCUUUUUCAACCAUAUAUGCGCCGGAACAACUUCCAUGCUCUUGUAGUUAUCCAAAUCUCGCCCUACUGGGAGGCUGCCUAGCCUUGUAUUAUCACAAUGAUGAUAGCUAUAGCACUGACAUAUGGGUGAUGAAAGAAUAUAAAGUGCACUCAUCUUGGACUCUCUAUCAGAUUCCUUGCCUUUACUUUCGGCCUCUGUGCUUAUCCAAUAAUGGUGAUAUUAUUGGAGAACAAUUUCUUUGGGAUAAAGUAGAAAAGAGAAGGUUUCUCAUAUAUAAUGUGGGAGAGCUGCUCCCACGUGUUAAAUAUAGUUGUUCUGUGUAUAACAUCAGUUCAACCAUGCUAUGUAUACAGAGAGUCUCUUGCCACUCCCUAGUGACAUUAAGGAUAAGGAUAACAAGAAGUAGAAGAGGAAGGAAAACGGCCAUCAAGUUUACCAAGAAUGUUUUGAACAACUUGAUGUCGCUAAAAGUUAGCAUCACAAAGGAUUCAAACAAAGAAAGAGAAUUAGGAGCUAACAUACAAGUGAAUAGCUCGACACAUGGGGAGAAGAACAUUUGAAAAGUGUAAAUGAAGUUUAGUCUCCUUUUAAAAUCCAAUAUAUCUUUUGCACGAAAUCUGGUAGUAAUAUUUCUUAGUUGGUUAUACACAACUUCAAAUUUUUAUUUUGCUGAUUACAUAAUAUACUUUUCUGUUAAUCUUACCUUUAGCCUGGUUGUUUUUAGAAGU